AUGAAACAGGGGAAAAAAGAACGCCAUAAACAAAUCCAAGAUGACGAUGAACUGUUGGCGCAUUCUCCCGCUUCAGAAGGGCAAAUGGAUACUGACACCACUGAGUUAUCUGAUGUGGCCCCAGUUACAGAAAAACAAUUAUAUUCUAUGCUACAAGAUCUUUGUUCUACACUCCAAGUUGACGUCAAACAAAUUGCUGCUGAAAUGCGCAAAGAGCUGACAGACCUGGGUGGAAGAACGGGCCAUCUUGAGAACAGAACGGAGGAACUAUAUGAGGCCCAUAACAAAGUUGUGGAGAAACUCCGCAGGCUUGGAAGACCGGUCGUGCAGGAAUAA